UCAGCUGACUGAUGACGUUGCAGCAGGAGUGACUUCAUGUAAAGAGGAAGCACGUUUCAGUGAAUCACUUGUGACUACGCCUGCAGGCUGGAGGACAAAAGCAGGAAGAAUUGAGCCUCAAUAACUCGGUUAAAUACAUAUCAAAAAACGACACCAUGCCAGCAGAUCUCGCCAAAGGCAAGAAGGCAUUUGUCCAGAAGUGUGCCCAGUGCCAUACUGUGGACAAUGGUGGAAAGCACAAGGUUGGGCCUAACCUUUGGGGUCUGUUUGGACGCAAAACAGGCCAGGCAGAGGGCUUCUCGUACACUGACGCCAACAAAAGCAAAGGCAUCACCUGGGAGGAAGACACCCUGAUGAUUUAUCUGGAGAACCCCAAGAAAUACAUUCCAGGAACAAAGAUGAUCUUCGCUGGCAUCAAAAAGAAGGGUGAACGCGCUGACCUCAUAGCAUACCUUAAGUCUGCAACUUCAUAAAGAACUCUUUGCCAGUUUUCGUGUCCCGACAGACUGGGAAAGAGGCCGGGACUUUGUCGUUCUUUCAAAAUCAGACAUAAUGGCAAGAAAUCUCUGACUGGUAUUGGCAUGAUAAGUUGCCAUCUUUGUCACAGCUGUACCUGUUUCUGACUUGAUCCUCCUUUGCGGUGGAGUAAAUGAUAUCCCCUGGUUUUAACAGGUUACUUUUCUAACAUAAAUUAUUAAACCAUAUACUGUGUAUUCAGAAUGUAGAGAUUGAAAGCUGUGUAUUAUGUUUGCUUCUUAAUUGUCAUCCAGAUUUAUUUUUGCAGUACUUUCUUGAAUCACGUUGUCUUAAUGAUUGUCUGUUCCAAUAAUAACUAUGCCUUAUCUGCUUCCAAUUUGAUGAUACCUCAACAGUCUUACGUAAUAUCUGAAUUUGCAAGGUGAAUAAAAUGGACACUAAAUGUUUA